CUGACGCCGCCGUGACACCGCUGCAGACCCUCUGCUGUGGGUCCGGAGGUGGAUUGUGGUUGUAGUCAUCGUGGUUUGUUCCAGUGAACGUGUGUUUGAGCCGGCGCUGUCUGAACGGAGGGGGAGGGGAUGGCAUUAAGAAAAUGAGUUCAAAGGUCAGAGACUGAGUCAGCAGUGGACCAAGAGAGAGCCAAUCAACCAGAGAGGACACGCCUCAAAAUAUCAAAGUAUCUAUCAAAUCAAAAUGAGCCAAGACGUUACAGAGACACGAACACGAACCCGCUCCAAAGGCAUCCGGGUGUCGGAGCCUGUGGGACAAGAGAUGAAGCAGGACUUGAGCUGUAGCAGCUGUCCCACCCCUGGAUGUGAUGGCAAAGGCCACGUCAGUGGAAGAUACUCACGACACCGAAGUGUCCUAGGAUGUCCUAUUGUGAAGAAGAGGAAGCUGGAGGAGGCCGAGGCUGAGGCCGAGGCCGAGGAGAACCAGUCUGCUCCCAAAAGGAGGAACCAGCCCGUCAAACAGGCAACCGAUGAUGGCUUUACCGCAGACAGUGAUGCAGCAGAGGAGGAUGAGGAGCAGAAAGAGGAGGAAGAGGAGGAAGAGGAAGACCUUAAAGAGAAGAAGAAAAACAAAACAAAAAGCAGACCAGAGUCAAUACAAAGUGAGUGAAACAAAACCAGAACAGUACAGCUCCAGUGUAGAGACCAGAUAAAACAAGUCCUUAAGGUCGAGGCAGAGGUAAAGGUCAGAGGUUAAAGGCUAAAGAACAGUAAAGCAGGAAUACUAACACUGGAGGAGAUGAUCAGGGAGAUCAGGG